AUGUCUUCUGAUACAGAAAGUGUCAGUAAUCCUUUUGAAGGCACCCAUACAUCCAAUGACGAAGAUUAUGUGCCAAUUGAAAAUAAACAUAACCACAAAAUUCAAUCCCUUACAAACUUUACUGCAUCCGAUGAUUCCUUAGCUCUGAUGGAGAAAAUAAAGAACCUGAAGCAAUCCCUAAUACAUCAGAUGUUCCUGAAAUGUCUCAUAAUACGACACAAAAAGGAAAAAAGCGACUUUUACGUACAGCACCAAGGAACAGAAACAUACGAAAAAAUAAACGAGUUUAAGGGUGAGCCUUAUUUGACCAUUGCUGGUGUAUAUAAACCCGGAAAACAUAUUGGUACUAACUGCAACUGUAAGCUGAAGUGUUUUGAAGAAAUUGGGCAUGAAAACUGUACUAAAAUAUUUCGCGAUUUUUGUGCCAUGGGAACAAAAGAUCUCCAAAAUGCUUAUUUAUAUGGAAAUAUUGACAACUGA